CGUGCAGGGGAUACGUGCCGCCCGUCUUGACAACCUCAGGCACGGAACCCCUUGAGCACUGUUUUCUCCCCUUCUUUUCAGGCCUUCAUCCCCAGUCAUCCUGAUUCUCAUAUCCUUCUUCACAUUAUCACUGUCAACUGACCGAGGUCUGCUUGAAUCACGUAGGCGACCCACGGUUGCAUAUACUAACCAAAUUUCCAGGGCAGCGUAAUUGUGAAAGACUUACCUUCUGCAUCCAUCGUCAUCUCCACGUGGAAACUUUGCAUUCAUCAACAUGUCAGCGGAGCAAAAACCCGAGGCCCAGCCUGUCGCCCCUGUGGUCACUGAAACCGCAGCUGGCGCCGAAGCUAUCACCGACAAGCCAGCAGUCACUGCUGCUGAGGCUCCUGUUGAGCCCAAGACAGAGGAGCCAAAGCCAGCGGAGAAGGAGGGUUCCGACGACAGAAAUGAAAAGCCGGCGGAAGACGCCACGGCUGCUGACAGUGCUGCUGAGGAAAAGUCUAUUCCCCAGACGACCUUCGCCAAGCUAGCGUCCCAGCUUCCCGAGAUCAAGAAGAACACUGGCCACGAUGAGAUGUGGGGCGUCAAGCUGUCCGAUGACCCUGAAACGCAUGUGCCAACCAAGAUCAUUCUGCAAAAGUACCUCCGUGCCAACGACAAUGACGUUGCCGGGGCCGUGAAGCAGCUGACCGCGGCCUUGGAGUGGCGCAAGAAGUACAACCCCGUCGAACUUGUUGAGAGCUCGUUUGAUCAAGACAAGUUCAAGGGCCUGGGCUACGUGACCACCCACAAGGACGGCGACAAGGAGACGGUGAUCACCUGGAACAUUUACGGCUCCGUCAAGGACAACAAGAAGACCUUUGGCGAUGUUGACGCGUUCAUCAAGUGGCGCUCAGCCCUCAUGGAGCGUGGUGUCCAGAAGCUCAACCUGAACGCUGCGACCGUCCCGCUGACUGACGGUGAGGAGGACCCGUACAAGGUGAUCCAGGUCCACGACUACGUUUCCGUCUCCUUCUUCCGCAUGGACCCGAGCGCCAAGGCCGCCUCCAAGGAGACCAUCAACGUUCUCAGCACGGCCUACCCCGAGCUGCUGGCACACAAGUACUUUGUCAACGUCCCCGUCAUCAUGGGCUGGAUGUACGCCGCCAUGAAGUUGUUUGUCGCCCCGGCGACCCUCAAAAAGUUCCAUCCCAUGGCCAGCGGCACGUCUCUGGCAGCGGAGCUCCCGGAGGGCAUCCGUGCGAGCCUGCCCAAGGCCUAUGGUGGCCAGGCGGGCACUGUCCAGGAGAUUGGCGAGGAGCUCAAGCUCCAGUCGUUUGUGGAGGACAAGACAAAGGAGGCUGUCGAGCCCACGUCGGAGGAGGCCCCUGUUGCAGCGGUGAAGAAGGAAAAAGUCGCAGAGGAGACCAAGACGGAGGAGACCCCCAAGGUCGAUGAGCCCACGGUUGAGAACGCCGCAGCCGACGAACAGGCCAAGCCUGCUGCCGAGGUGAAGACAGCCUGAUCGGCAUAUUCGGAAGCGUGUUUGAUUAUACCACAGAGACCUGAGCGUUACUGCUGUUGCCCUACACCAUAUACCCUAAUUUGAAUAGAGAUGGCCAGUUUGAACUACCGAUAUUUGGCAAUGUGCUUUUCCUGCAUCACUUGUUGGAAGUCGUGCGUGUUUAUGGUCAUUAGCUACCUUGAUACAUGUACUUUUGCGCUUGUAUUUGACCGUAGACGAUGGCUCACGAGGAUACGG